AUGAUCCACUCAACGACCCGGACAGUCGGCAGAAUCUCAUCAAGCGCAAUGGGCCGACGUCCAUAUGUGCAGGCGCACCGCCGCCGUCACCGUGGUCCGCUAUUGCUCCUGCAGGCAGUUUCGGAUGACCGAAACCCCGUCUUGUCUUCGAUGCAGUCGCCAGCUUGUACUCGAGAGGAGAAGGAUUCAUCCCUUACAUGCCUUACCCGCAGACGGCCAACCAUAACCUCCACCAACGCCCAUUCGUUCCUCGAGACUUGUCAUCAUAUCCGCCAAAUCGGCAGCGAGACCGGUCUUCGCCUCUAUCACUCCUCCUCCUCCUCCUCCUCUUCUUUUAGUCUCAAGACCCUCCUCUCAACUCUUACUCAUAGAGUUGCUGCCCUCAACAUGAUACAGAGACGCAUGCUCCAGGCACACUCCUACCUCUACUGCCACCUCAGAACCAUCAUGGCUCUCCUUCAGCCUUUUAUCAGUCCUGCUACGACGUCGACGAGAGGUGAUAGAGUAAUACCAAGAGCCCUCACAGCUACGUCUCGGCGUAGGUUGACUCUCCCGGAGCGGAUCCCCCGCGGUGCAUGGGACUCACACAUGCACGUCGUCGACCCGGCCGCAUAUCCCUUGGCAAAGGAUGCGAUAUACUGCCCCAAGACGCACCGGCUCGAUCACGCCCUCGCUUUCGAGUCCUCCGUGGGAAUCGACAAUAUCGUCCUCGUACAGCCCUCCAUCUAUGGCAACGACAACACCUGCCUACUCGAUGCCCUGAGGGCUUUGGGUCCCCGCCGCGGCCGUGCCGUAGUAGCCUUCGAGCCCGGUAGCUUGCCGCAGAGUACUCUUCGGGAGUGGCAUAGACUCGGUGUAAGAGGCGUCCGUAUCAACUUGUCGUCGGUUGGCAAGUCUCUUACCGCAGAGGAACUCGACGACUUGUUGCAUAGAUACGCGGAAGACUGCAAGCCCUUGGACUGGGUUAUCCAAGUAUACAUGCCCAUGUCCAUGAUUGAGCUCCUAGAGCCUAUCGUGCCGACUCUUGGUGUCCGCGUCUGUGUAGACCACCUCGGCCACCCCUGCGUCAAAGACAUGCCGUCUCAUAACCCAUGCGACAUGAAGGGCUUCAAGUCUUUAGCCAGGCUUCUCAAAGCAGACAACACAUAUGUGAAGCUUUCAGCGCCAUACCGGCUAAGCUCCAAAGCCGACCACAGCGACUUGGAGCCUAUUGCACGAGAAGUCCUUAACCUUCGGGGCAAGGACAGAGUAAUAUUCGCAACCGACUGGCCGCAUACCAGGUUCGAGGGUCUCGAUAUCAGACCGUGGAUGGAGACGGUGCUCGACUGGUGCGGCAAAGACGAUGUUUUGGUUGAUAGGUUAUUCAGGGGGAACGCGGAGGACUUGUGGGAUACCCGGCACGGCAGAAGAUGA